CAUCAGCUGCCGUGCACACGUGCGCUUUCGGGUUCUGUGAGCUCUGCAAGUGGCUUCCUUGUUCCGCUUCGUGGGUAGUGUUUCCGUUGUGUUGCGGGAAACCGGCCAAGCAGUGAGAGUGAUCGUUCGAGGGAUUUAUUGAAACCGGUACAACAACGACACGACUUCAAAAUGUCGCGAACGCUGGAGCUGUCGCCGAAUGCGCACAUCAACAAGUCGCUGCUCGACAAGUACAUGGCCUUGCCAAUGCCUGACGGCAAAAUUCAGGCAACGUACAUCUGGAUCGAUGGAACUGGCGAAAACGUACGAUGCAAGGAUCGUACGCUCGACUUUAUUCCCCAGACGCCAAAUGAGCUACCUGUUUGGAACUACGACGGAAGCUCCACGUACCAGGCGCAGGGCUCGAACUCGGACGUCUAUCUUCAUCCAGUGACCCUCUACAAGGAUCCGUUUCGCCGCGGUAACAACAUCCUGGUGCUGUGCGAGACGUACCGCCACGAUGGUACACCCACCGAGUCCAAUAAGCGCAAAUCGUGCCUGGAGGUGUGCAAGCUGGCGGCAGACGAACAUCCGUGGUUCGGUAUAGAACAGGAGUAUACGCUUUUGGACGUUGACGGACGUCCGCUCGGUUGGCCGAAGAAUGGCUUCCCGGGACCACAGGGCCCGUACUACUGCGGCGUCGGGGCAGACAAGGUUUACGCCCGGGAUAUUGUGGACGCUCACUAUCGGGCUUGUUUGUACGCUGGAGUGAAGAUUUGUGGCACGAAUGCCGAAGUGAUGCCGGCGCAGUGGGAGUAUCAGGUUGGACCGUGCGAGGGUAUCCAGAUUGGUGAUGAUUUGUGGAUGUCCCGUUUCUUGUUGCACCGUGUGGCUGAAGAGUUUGGUAUUGUUGCCACACUCGACCCAAAACCAAUGCAGGGCGACUGGAACGGAGCCGGUGCGCAUACUAACGUGUCCACGCAGACGAUGCGAGAACCUGGAGGCAUCGCCGAGAUCGAAAAGGCCAUCACUAAGUUGUCGAAGCAUCACGACCGCCACAUUCGGGCGUACGAUCCGAACGGAGGCAAGGACAACGAGAGACGCUUGACGGGAAAACACGAAACCAGCUCUAUCCACGAUUUUAACGCCGGUGUUGCUAACCGUGGAUGCUCGAUUCGUAUCCCGCGAGGUGUGUCCGAUCAAGGCUGCGGCUACUUCGAAGAUCGCCGGCCAAGCUCCAACUGCGAUCCAUACAGUGUAUCCGAGGCGAUCCUGCGAACGAUUUGCCUGGACGAGUGAGCGAGCAGAUUGCCGUUGUCGUCGAAUGAAAACCGUAUUAUCUAAUUGACAUUCCUGUUUAUGGACAUUUAAACCAGGCAAUACUGGCCAUCAUUCAGUGUCGAUUGCAUUGCUUACUGGCAACGUGUUUGUUUUACUGUUUCGUUUUAAUUUUUCCUCACCAUUAAACACUAAUUAGCCGAUACAUGGGUGCAACGUGUCAUUCUGAUGACAGGCAUUUGCAUUUGUUUCCUUAUCGUGCACGCAUGGACGCCUCGUGCUGGAUCAAAAGAAGCCAGUUGAUCGCAUCUAAGUUUGAAAUAAAAGCAACAUAAAAACGCCAAUGAGUCAAGUGCCAAUUAUUGUUUGUUGGAAGGUUUACUCCAACGAUUCAUCCUUUCAAUAAACCAAUGACUUUUGACAUUCAACUGGUGAAUUCGUUUCAGUUGAUCUCAAGUUGUUUUCCUUGUCGUUCGGAACAAAUGAUCAUAGUUGCUUUUUAGUCGCCCAUGACACCAUGGCAAUCCAUUGUCCCGCAUUUGGCUAGUGCUGGCUAGACUGUUAACAACUACAUUCAACGCUGAAUGGAUGCAAAUCAUGAGCACGUGUUGCACGUGAUCUACAGCCAGCUUAGUGGAUGCAGAUCAAGCCUAUUAUUUAACCGGCCGAACAUCAAAAUGAAUGAUUUUGUUCAAUUCUUCUC